AUGGUCAUGGGCUGUGAUAUAAAUAAAGAUAUGGUGGAUUUCGCUAAAGCUAACUACUCUUCGGAAGAUAUUAACUUUAUCGUUUUAGAUAUAGCGGGCGAAGUGCCAGGAAGUCUGAGGGGAAAAUUUGACCAUGCAUUCUCCUUCUUUGUGUUGCACUGGGUGAAAAAUCAAGAGAUCGCAUUUAAAAAUAUUUACGACCUUCUGGGAAAUGAUGGGGACUGCCUUCUAAUUGUUGUUGGCCAAGCAGCACUCUAUGAUGGCUUCAGAGAUCUAGCUCAAAGCAAGAAAUGGCGUGGUCUGCUUGAAGAAAAUGAAAAAUACGUCUCACCUUACCACGAUGGAGAGGACUCUGUCAGCGAGCUAAAGGAAAUGUUGCUAAAAAUUGGGUUUUCAACCGUCGACAUAAAUGAAAAGCCCGUUGCGUUUAGUCAUGAUAACGAAGAUUCAUUUCGAGGAUCAUUACGAGCGCUAAUCCCUUUCAACAUCCCAGAAGAACAAUUCGAUGAUUUCUUAGAUGACCUUGCUUAUGCAAUGCAAGAAGGCGAUCACAAGAAGUAUAAUUUGGAGAAAUCAUCGUCGGAUUUGACUUUUAAUUUUAAUAACAUUGCCAUAUACAUCAAAAAGUAA